AUGCGUCGAUACUGUUCCUCACGAUACAAACUCCACGCAGACCAGUACUGUGACGCUGAGGACCCCCCCUACAGGUUCAUCCACAUGCUGAAGGGCAUCAGUAUCUAUCCUGAGGCUCUGAGCAGUAACCGUGUGGACUCAGGAGGAAGCAAACGCAUCGUACGAAGUCUGAGGCGCGAGGAGCGCAGGACGCAAGCUAACAAGGCUAACGGCUACAAGGCUAACGGCUACAACACCCUGAGUGAUGCUCUGGUUGACGGACAGCUGCAGAUGGGUCACCUAGUCCCGCCCUCUGAAGGCCCCACCCCCUGCCCCUCCCUGGGGGCGUCGCCGGGCACAGACUCGGGCACAGAGGCGGGUACAGAGGCGGGCACAGAGCCGUCGUCGCCGCGCUCGCUGGGCUGCCUCAGUCUCACCGUGGACUAUAACUUCCCCAAGAAGGCGCUGGUGGUGACGGUGGUGGGGGCGCGGGGGCUGCCGGCCGUGAGCGCGGGCGCCGCCGACCCGUACGUGAAGCUAACCGUGCUGCCGGAGAAGAAGCACCGCGUGAAGACCCGUGUCCUGCGGCGCACGCUAGAGCCGCUGUUUCACGAGACGUUCAGCUUUUACGGCCUCAGCUUCAGCGCUCUGCCCGACCUCACGCUGCACUUCCUGGUUCUCAGCUUUGACCGCUUCGCUCGCCAUGAUGUCAUCGGGGAGGUCCUGGUCCCGCUCAGGGGCGUGGACCCGAGUACAGGCCGGGUCCACCUGAGCCAGGAGAUCACCAAGAGGACCAACCAGGGCCCGGGCUGUGGGGAGAUCCUGGCCUCUCUGUGUUACCAGCCCGUGUCUCACCGUCUCAGUGUGGUCGUGUUAAAAGCCCGAAACCUGCCGCAGAGGGACGACCUAUCGACCAACCCGUAUGUGAAGGUGAACGUGUUCUACGGCCGUAAACGCAUUGCAAAGAAGAAGACGCACGUGAAGAAGAACAGCCUGAACCCGGUGUUUAACGAGUCCUUCAUCUAUUCCAUCCCUCCGGAGCUGCUGCCACACCUGACCAUCGACCUGCAGCUGCUGCACCUGCACCGCGCCCCACAGAGUCCCCUGGUGGCCCCACAGAACCCCCUGGUGGCCCGGCAGGAGCGGGGCAGCUGCGGCGGCUCACAGAGUCAGCUCAUGGGUCGAGCUCAGCUCGGGCUGGGCACCUGUCAGAGCGGAGAGUCGCACUGGAGCGAGCUGCUGCAGAGCCCCCGCCGCCAGGUGUCCCGCUGGCACAGCCUGGCUCUGUACUGA